AUGGGGAAUGUCACAGUGAAGCAGAAUAGCAGAUUGGCAGAUUUGGUCGGAUACAGGCUGCGAGUGAUCACACAGGAUGGCAGAGUAUACAUCGGCGAACUAAUGGCCUUUGACAAGCAUAUGAACGUCGUAUUAAAAAACUGUGUGGAGGAAAGAGUCCCCAGGACCCAGAUGGACAAGUUACGCAAGAAUUUGGCAGACCAAGCGGUCAAGGUGGAGAAACGCGUUUUGGGACUUACUAUACUGCGAGGCGAACAGAUCCUUUCCACUGUGGUAGAAGAUAAACCAUUAGAAUCAAAGAAAGAGAGACUACAAGGCGUUGAAAAGCAGCAGAAACAAUUACAAAAACAAAGGAGACAGCGUACAAAGCAAAAGGGUAAUAGCGUGAGUAAACCUUCGGCCUCCACUAACACCUCCUCUACCACUUCCUCCACCAUCCCACAAAAGAGAAGGUUUCAGCCACCGCCGGGUUUCAAAAAAGACAGUGAACGAUUUGAACGACUCAAGAGUAAGCGAUAA